GUCAAAGUGCAGACAGAGAAAAAAAUAAAACAACACACGAUUUUUCCAGUCUGAGAAAAAUCUCCGUUUAGUCCGUAUCAAUGGAGUGCGAGUGGUGAAAAGUAGUGUGGAAACGGUGAAUGGCCAAAUAAGGUGUGAGGAAGAAAAGUUAAGGAAAAAUGUGAAUGAAAAUAACGUGAGAAUCUCAAGAAAAGAAAAAGAAAGAAUCUCUGCCAUAAGUUUUAUUGUUUCGUGUUAACUUGGGGGCUCCCCAGCGGAAGUGCGUUUCGUGAAGAGGAACCUGGAGGUCGUCUUGGUGGCCAGGAAUUCUCAGUGGUGCUUUGUGUCUGUGACAUUCGGGUGCGGGGAAGAAAGAAAAAUUAAAUAAAAAGAGAAAGAAGCCAACGCACAGGAGUUGAAAAGUGGAGUCUCCCACGCAAACGAGGGCUCAGCACGUCCAAAAAUUUCAAUCAAUUAAUUCAUCGUGAGGCUUUGGACUACAGGUGUGGAAGCGGGGGUGUAUCUGAAGAGUGUGUUACAAAGCAAAUGACGACGUGAUCUUGUACGGAGUUUUUCUUCGUUGCUACAAUUUUUUUUUAUAUUAAAUUCACUGUAUGACUCCAUUGUGAAUUAUGCGGCGGUGUUUUUGGCCCAAAUUGCAUGUACUAACCGUGAAAGUGUGGCAAAGAAAAACGGAGUGGUGAUUUGGGCGAAAAUUCACGCAAUUUCAUCAAGCACUGUCGCGCAAGAUCGUAUAAAGAAGAGGAGGAGAAAAAAACGAGAGCAAGAAAUUUCUUCAAUAAAUAGGAGAAAAAAAAAGCGCGGAGGGAUUGCAUGAUGGCCACAAGCAAUGCGGGGGGCUCGUCGUGUCACGAUGGUGGUAAUGCAGGGAGUCAGCACAGGAAAGGUCACAGACGGCAAGAAUCCAUGUACGCCUUGACUGGUUUGUAUUCUGAGACUGCGGGUGACGAUAGUAGUGUCGAUGCCCCGGCAGAGUCCUCAGAAGACUCUCAGAGUCGUCAGGAUGUUGCAGGGAGUACAGGUGAGACGGUACAACAGUCGGACGUUGUGAUACGGUGUCACAGUCGACAGCCGUCUAGUGGUGGGGUAAUUGAUCGUCAUCCUGCGAGUGUGCCUGAGGAGGACCUCAACAAAGACUGUGGCAUCUGGACGUGCCGCCCACGAGUUGUCCAGCGUUUUGCACGUAUCAAGGUGUUUGUGUUCCUCCUGUCGAUCCUUGUGACACUCCAGCAAGCCCUCAGUUCGGGUUAUAUUAAUUCUGUGAUCACAACCAUCGAGAAGCGAUUUGACAUCCCAUCGAGCUAUUCGGGUGUCAUUGCGUCCAGUUAUGAGAUUGGCAAUGUGAUCACGGUGAUCUUUGUGAGUUACCUGGGCAGUCGACGGCAUAUUCCCGUAUGGAUUGGCAUUGGGGCAGUCAUAAUGGGUGUGGGGUCACUCGUAUUUAUGGUGCCACACUUCACGGGUGAAGCAAAUCCGGGGAUUCUCAUUGAGAAUAAGACAUCUGACAAUAUUUGCCGUGGGGUCUCUGUGAGGGAGCAAGAUAUGGGAUUUGGGAGGUUAUCGAGUGGUCUCGUGAAUCCACCCCUUGCACCACACAAUAAUCUCCGCGGGGACAAUUGCAUCCAAGGAAAAUCAUCAACAUUUGGUCCAGUUCUGCUGUUUGUGAUUGCCCAGCUACUUCUCGGUUGCGGAGGUAGUCCACUCUUCACACUGGGCACCACCUACGUGGAUGAUCACGUGAAGACGGAGAGCUCAUCGAUGUACAUUGGAGCCAUGUAUAGUAUGGCAGCUUUUGGACCCGUUCUGGGAUUCCUCUGUGGUGCCUACUUGCUCUCCUUCCACAUGGAUUCCUUCUCGCCAAAUCUCAUUGCAAUUGAUCCCGGCGAUAGGAGAUGGGUUGGAAUGUGGUGGGGUGGCUUUCUACUCUGUGGAGUCCUUCUCUUGAUUGUGGCAAUUCCAUUCUUCUCCUUCCCCAAGGUCAUGACGCGAGAGAAGAAGAAGAUCCUCAAUGUAACUGCCAAGAGGUCAAAUUUAGCGCCAAAUAAUUCCAAUAGCCUGCCACGGGAAGUGCCUGAGCAGCCAAAUAAUAUUCAAGCACCACAGCCGACGCAACAGAGUAGAAAAUUUGAUUCGGGAUAUGGGAAAGAUGUUAAGGAUAUUCCACAAUCGAUGUGGAGGCUUGUUUGCAAUCCUGUGUACGUUGUAACGUGCCUCGGGGCUUGCAUGGAGCUCAUGAUUGUGUCGGGAUUUGUGGUUUUUCUACCAAAAUACCUCGAGACACAGUUCAGCCUCGGCAAGAGCCAGGCAAGUGUCUUUACUGGAUCAAUAGCCGUUCCGGGAGCAUGUAUUGGAAUUUUCAUCGGAGGAUGCCUCCUAAAGCGGUUUCAACUGAGCCCCCGUGGUGCAGUGCAAUUUGUUCUAAUCUCCAACCUCAUUUGCCUCGCAUGCUAUGGCCUACUCUUUUUCCUGGGCUGUGAGAAUGUCAAAAUGGCCGGGACGACAAUACCCUACUACAAUAGUGCCACCCCUGGCCCCGAGCCAUUCACCGUCAACCUCACAGCAGCAUGCAAUUUUGGCUGUGAGUGCCCCAUGACGGAUGUGGAGCCAGUGUGUGGGAACAAUGGCUUAACAUACUUCAGUCCCUGCCAUGCAGGAUGCACAGCCUUCUCCUCGAGGUCCAACUACACCAACUGUGCGUGUGUGCAUUCAAAUACGACGAGCAUCUAUAGCGGUAGCGGUGGGAGUCAGGCACAGGCAUCCAUUGCAUCUCCGGACUUUGCAGAAGUCACCGUGGUACCCGUAGCCACAGCAGGUCCCUGCAAUUCACCCUGUCGCACAAUCUAUCCAUUCCUCAUUCUCCUCUUCUUCAUGACAUUCAUCGUGGCGGCCACACAGAUGCCCCUCCUCAUGAUUGUCCUCCGUUCAGUAUCCAAUGAGGAGAGAUCCUUCGCCCUGGGGAUGCAAUUUGUCAUUUUCCGCCUGUUUGGCUACAUCCCAGCACCAAUUGUCUUUGGUAGUCUCAUCGAUUCCACGUGCCUCCUGUGGAAGUCAACGUGUGGCGAAAGCGGGGGCAGAUGCCUCAUCUAUGACAUUGAGAAAUUCCGCUACAAAUACGUUGGGCUCUGUACGGGAAUUAAGAUUGUCGCUCUGGCCAUCUUCUUCCUCGAUUGGUGGCUCGUGAAGAGGCGAAAGCAUCUGGAAAUGGGAAAACCUCUCACAACGAAUGAACUUGUAUCCGGAAGUAUUCGGAGUCUCGAUAAAUUCGAUGAACCGUGCGAUCGUGAAGCAAGUGGAGAUGCCACGAAGAAGGUUCUAAUUGCUUCACGGCACAUUCGCAAUGAUUCACGAAGUAUUCAACUUGAAAUGUUGUACGACCAUCAGCCAGAUGAAGGAAAAAUCCCGAGGAAGACACACAAGAGGAGUAGUUCAUGUGAUGUGAGGAUUACACGAAGUAACUCCAAGGAGUACGAUAGUGAGGGAAAGAUGCGCAAAGUCCGGAAGAGUCAUUCGAGAAAUAGCUCCAAGGACUACGAUCAGGAGUUUCGGCAGAAGCUAAAUAACUUCAGGAAUAAUUUCAAGGAAGAUGCCAUGAUUAAUAUCAAGAAUGCCCUAUCGGCUCGUGGGCAUCGUCGCAAUAACUCUCAAGAUUGCAAGAAUGUCAACAAAAUGUUCAAUUGUGCGAGAAAAAAUUCCAAAGAGGUGAAUUUUUCUGAUGUAAAUCUCCUGCGGGUGAUGGCAAAUGCAGCUGUCGUGGAGGGUGGGAAGUUUGUGGCUGAAGAGGACCUUCUGCCUGAUUAUGAGGUCAAGUACACGCAUUCUCGUACCAAUUCCAAGGACUACAACGAUACAAUGCUGAAGCCCGAGGGAACAAAUCUGCGACACAGGCGACUCAGCUCCAAGGACCUCAAAUCUAUUGUUGUUACAGCAUCCCAUGGAAUUCUCGCGGGAGCUGAGAGUGUUGGUCAUCGACGAAAUUCGUCACAGCACAAAAUUCAAAUAGAUCAGGAAUUGCCAGAGCUCACGCAACAACUCCUCAAGGCGAGUCAGAGUGAUGAUAACUUCCUCAAAGGUAAGGAUUUGAAUAAUUGUGUUUGAUAUCAAGGGUGAAUCUCAUGAACCACCAAUCGUCAAUUUUUCUAACCCAUCCCAAAAUAAACUUUAGCUAAUUAAAGGAGAAAUCCUUAUUAUGUUCUAUACGUCUACAGGGGGGUGAAUGUGAGAAAUAGUACACGCAAUGGAAUUUUCUUUUUAUUGCUGCGUUGCCCCUCCCAACUCAUGAAAGGUCUACUAAACCUAGAUUUAUUUUUGACCACAAAUGACUUUAAUUUUCUUUGCCUUAAAUUAAUUCUUUAUUGUAAUUUGUGUAACUAAAAUUGAGUUUUAUUUAUUUUUUCUCUGUGAAAGGUCAAGGACUGUAAAACUUUAUUUUCUGCCCAGAAGAUUCUUUUUUUUAAAUUAGAAAUUUUUCAUUCGAAACGGAUUAUUUUAUGAAGAAGUUAUAGAUUUUUUUUGUUUUCUUAAACAUCUUCCGUAAUCUAAGAGGGUCUGACUGAAUUUCGGGUUUAAGUCUUAUGUGGAGAAUUCCUAUAAUAUCUCUGGAUUCUAGGCACGUAACCGACUCUAUAAUGAAUCAAAGGCCUAAAACUUAUUGAUUUUCUUGUCAUAAUAUCUUAUUUCAAGUCAUAAUUCAUUAAAAAUAUUUUAAAAUAUUCUCGGAAAUACCAAAAUUUAUUAUUCUAACACACAAAAAAAAACUUUCCAAAAAGAAGAAAAUUCCGUUUGAGUGCAAAACUUCUCCAUCAUCACCUGUAUGUAUAAAUAUAAGGUAGAAUGUGUGUGGAGUAACGAAACACAAAAUGCGUGAAGCGGAUUUAAAAUGCAAAUGAAAGCGAAAGAGAGUAAAUUAUUAAUUUAGUAAUUUUGUUAUAUAAAUUAUUAUACAUUGUAUAGACAUACAUAUUAAAAGAGAAAUAUAUCGACGAGAAAACAUGGCGUAUAAAAUGAUGCGAGAUGAGGUUGAUAAAUGGGAGGAGGAAGAAAUAUUUAGUAAAAGAAAAAAAAAUUGAAUAAUCUAGUGCUGUGAAGAUGGUUUUAUUACAACACAAGGAAAGUUAAAGAGAAAAUAAAGAAAAAUGAAGUAAAGAAAAUAAUUAUAAAAUAAACACUAAUUUAGUUUAGUAGUAGUAACUACCAAUAAAAUACUUUAUAAUGAGAGAGAAUGUUCUGUUUUUUUCUAUAAGGAAAAGAUGAACAUAUUAAAAGAAAAAAAAACGUAAAACUGAUAACGAAAGAGAUAUAUAGAAAAUGAAUGCAAUUUACACAGACUUGUAAUGUAUAUAGUUUAUAGGACAAACAAAAUAAGGGAUUUUAUCACAUAAAACGCGCGUGUUUGUUGAAUUUGGAGAAAGUGAUAAGAACUGCCCUUUCCAGCUACCUUUCACACUUCCAUAAGAGAUUACAAACACACUGUUCUUUUUAUAAAUCUCCGCACAUUCUCCGUGAGCUUUUUUUUUUCUUCCUCUUUAUCUGUAAUAAUGAAGUUUUUAUCACCCACUGAAGAGGCAUUUAUGGCACUACCUCUUUUAGCUGUGAUUCUUUCUUCAAAGAAGCACAGCUUCUGUGUACACUCUAAAAUGCAAUUUUUUCCACGCAUCUCAAACAAUUAUGUUAAUUUCUUUUGCCAGCGAGGUGUACACACAUGAUAUAAUUUUUUUCCAAAAUAAUUUUUAAAAAAAUAUAUAAAAUAUACAACCAAGAAACCACUUUAUCGCCAUAAAUUCACAUUUUUUAUUGCUCUACUGUGAAGAAAUAUGAGAAUUAUAAGGUACAAAAAUAAACGAGAGGAAGGAAGGAUGAGAAUUUGCUUUGAAAUAUGUAUUUAUAGGGUAGGUAUAUACCGGGUAUACUUGUAUAAAUUUUAGUAAUAAGUUUUUGCAGUGGUAAAGAGGGUGUUUAGGUGUUUAAAUAUCCUGAAUAAGUUUACGCAAUUUCAGUUUUUUUCCUUUAGAAGUUGAAAGUUUGUUUUUAUACUAAAAUUUUUCAUAAAAUCCAUAAUAUAAAUAAAGGGGAUUUUUAAAUGUUAUUAAAAGGGGUCAAACGUUAGAAAAUAAACGUCAGAUUUUGAAACCAAUUAAAACGUUCGAUAAAGUCAAAGAUUGGAAAAAGAACAUCAAUCGUUAGAUCGAAAUUUAAAAAAAAAUUAAAAAUGAACGUUACGUUAGAUCAGAUGUCAAAUGUUUGAAAAGAAACGUCGAAUGUUUGAAAAGAAACGUCAAAUGCUCGAAAAUGUCAGAAGAUAGAAAAAGAAUAUCAAAUGGUAGAAAAGGAACGUUAAAUAUUAGAAAAGAAACGUUAAAUAUUCGGAAAUGUAAAACGAUACAAAAGAAUGCCAAACGUUAAAAAAUAAAUGCCAGACUUUACAAGAUAGACGUCAAAUGUUGUAAAUGUCAAACGUCAAAUGUAAAGAAAAGAACGUCAAACGUUCAAAAAGACGUCAAAAGUUAGAUUUACAGCGAUUUGCACAAAAAAAAAUCUAAAAAGCACCUGUUUUGAGCAACAGACUAUUAGUAUUGUUCCGUUCUUGUAAUCUUCAUAUACUAUGACUCCUUUAGUCAUUCGUAUUGGUCUAUUAGCCUUCUUCUAAGCCUAACUUUUUAAAUACAAAUACGUAUUCUGAAAUGAACCAGCUUUAAAUUUCUUAUCUUCUCUUGUUUGCUAAAUUAAAUGUUUAAACUAACUAAAUCCCAACUCUUUAAAAAAGAAACUCAAAAACUUAUUACUAAACUUCGUAUUUGUAUUAAUUACGCGAGAAAGUGCAUUGAAAUGGACACAUAUGCAAAAUUUAUAGUGCAAUUAUGUAAUUGAGUUAAUUUAAUUUCCAUAUCACUCUCAUCUCUUUUCAAUUUACAUUAAAUGUAACGACUCCUAUGUAGGAGGGGAGAGAGGGAGGUAAAUGAACUUCAGUAGAAUUUAUUUAAAGUGUAAAUAAGAAAGAUGAAUUUAUGUCAACAAACUCACUGUAAAAAAAAGACGAAACGAGGCGACAAGAAAGCUAAAUAUUUAUCCUUAAAAAAGUUAAAUGCAAAAAUAAUGAGCAAGAAAUCCCCCUUUAGAGCAUAAGACGAAGAAAGAAAAACAAUUAAAUAGUGAAACCAAUCCAAGUUUAUUCUCACAUCAACAGUGAUAAAUAUAAUAAAAUCUCUAUAUAUAUUUUAUUUCAGACCAUAUGUGAAAUGUUAGUGACAAAACAAGUAAAUCCUUCAAUUAACACUGCAGAGAUAAAAAAAAAAAGAUGAAAAAAUUAGUAAAUGAAAAAUAGAUUAUGUAUUGUGAAAAAAAAAGAAAAUCAUAACUAUUUUUGCACACAAUUUAUAGUUCACUGUUUUACCCUUCUGCAUUGUGGAAAAUCAUAUAUUUGUAUAUUUUAAAAACUUAAUGGAAAAAUAGAUGAAAUUAAAUGAUAGUGCAAGAUAGAAAACGAAAAAAAUGUUGUCAAAUUUCUUGAUAAAAUAACAGAAUUUCUUAUAAAAAAAUUAAGCUCAAAAAUAGCUUUCUAACAGUUUUACUUGAAGAAAAAAAAAGAGAAAUAAUAAAAACAGCGCAAGAGACAUUUUGUGUGUAAAAGAAAAAAAUAACCUUAUUAUAAAAAUGAAGAUAAUGUGAGAAAAUUUGUAAAGGUCUGAUUUUUUUGUAUCUUGAUUGAAAAUUUUACAUUUUCUUUCGAGAAAAUCUCAUCAAUUUGCAGUGGAAGAACAAAGCGUAGUUUAAAGGUUUUUUUUUUAAUUAAUCAUGUAUUUAGACAGACUGUAGGAAAUCUCAUUUUGCAAACAAUUCAUUUUACUGCCAAGAUGGUUGUUUUUUUUAAUAUUAAUUUCUGCUGAUAUUUUAAUGACAAUUUAGAUAUUUUUUUUCUUUAUAUACAAUUAAACUGUGUUCUCUAAGUUUAUAAUAUUACGUGAUUUUAUAGUGAAUCUCAUUGAGUGAUAAAACUUCCACUGCAUGGGCCAUGAAACGUGCAUUGCAUGGAAUCUCACAAAUUCAUAAAAAUAAAUCUUACAUUAAUAAUUAACAUAAUAAUAGAAUUGCAUUGACGAUGCUAAACAAGAAAACCCUAUUGUAAAAAGAAACAGAAAAAAAAUCUAUUUAAAAUGAUGUGCGGGUGUGUGAGAGAAAUUUAUUAGCAAUAAUUCGAACUGAUAUGGAAAAACUAUUCAAUUAUCACAUCAUAUUUUUUGGUGUAAUUGCAAGACACAGAGAGAGAGAGAAAAUAAUUAUUAUAUUGGAUGAGAAGAGAAAGGAAGGAAAUAUAUCAAAAUGCCUUACAAUAAAGUUGAGAUUAUUACGUAAAAAAAA